UCGGCCGCAGACUGCCAAGUGUCGCCCCUCGUGCGCGCUCGCUACGCAAUAACCUGUAAAGCUGUUGCAGCCACCGACUCCCACCAUGAUUAGACGGAUCGUGCUGGCACUCGCUGUGGCUCAGGCCUCGGCGAAAGUCUUUUUUGAGGAGGUCCCGAACCAGCGCCCAAGCAAGCCGCACGCGCGCGCGGCUGCACUGCAUGCAAAACCGAGGCGUAGCAGCGCAUCUGUCACACACACUGGCGCUGCGCGUGACGUAUAACAACGCGAAACCACUGCCGCGCGGGCGACCCGCGCUGCCGACCCGCGGCGGCCAGCAAGCGCAGCGGUCCACACACACGCCGCCGCCGCCGCGCCGCAGCACCGACCCGCGCGCCCCCCGCACGCAGACCUUCGACAAGGACAUCGGCAAGCGCUGGACCGUGUCCGAGUGGAAGGACGCCGACAGCACCGGUAAAUGGGUCCACACGCCCGGCGAGUGGUUCGUGGAAAGCGCCAAGAAGGAGGCCCACGGCAUGCAGGCCUCCGAGGACAUGAAAUUUCAUUCUAUCAGUGCGCCGUUGGACAAGAAGGCGUCGACGACGGACGGUACUUUGGUGGUCCAGUUCACCGUGAAGCACGAGAAGAAGGAUUAUGCGUUUUGCGGCGGCGGCUACAUCAAGUUGCUGCCGGGGAAGGUCGACGCCAAGGCCUUCGGCGGGGACACGCCCUACAGCAUCAUGUUCGGUCCUGAUCUGUGUGGCUAUGAUGUUUCUAGAAUUCAUCUGAUCUUCGAGCACAACGGCGAGAACCUGCUUAAAGAAGAUGAAAUUAAAUUAGACUACGCGGACAAGGACGAGUUCACGCAUCUCUACACUCUUGUCUUGGAGAAGGACGGUAGCUACGAGGUCUUCCUCGACCAGGACUCCAAGGCCCAGGGCAACAUCGUGGACGGCUGGGCCUUCCCCGACAAGGAGAUCAAGGACCCGGAGGUCAGCAAGCCCGAGGACUGGGUCGACACGAAGAAGAUCCCCGACCCCGAGGCCGUCAAGCCCGACGGCUACGACGACAUCCCCGCCGAGAUCCCGGACCCCGAGGCGGAGCAGCCCGAGGACUGGGACGCGGAAGAGGACGGCGAGUGGGAGCCGUGCGCAGCGGCGUCCUUUCUUAUUUUAUGGUUGCGCGCGCCCGACGCCGUCGAAGCGGCCUUCUGAGAGUCACCGCGUCACCGCGACGCCGUCGACGCGUCACCGCGAUGCGACUCUCACCUAUGCCCACGCUAGGCCUAUGAUCGACAACCCCGACUACAAGGGCGAGUGGAAGGCGCCGAUGAUCGACAACCCCGACUACAAGGGCCCCUGGGAGCACCCGCUGAUCCCGAACAAGGACUACGCGCCCGAGACCUACGCGAAAUACAAGGACCUCACGACCGUCGGCUUCGAGCUCUGGACGGUGAACGGCGGCUCGAUCUUCGACAACAUUUUGGUGACCGACGAUAAAAAAUAUGCCGACAAGAUGGCCGAGAAGACGUGGAAGAAGAUCAAGGGCGAGGAAGGUAGUGGAGAGAAGGAGGCCAAGGAGGCCUGGAAGAAGGAGAACGAGCCCGAGGAGGAGGAGCCGGAGGAGGACGAGGAUGAUGACGACGAGGACGACGACGACGAGGAGGAGCACGACGAGCUCUAGGUCGUCGCCCGUUUUUCGUUCCCCUGUCAUUAGUAAUUCUCUCUUAUGAA